AUGUCACGUGUUAACAUUGUUAUGAAAUUACGGAAGAUUGUACGAAGUAAAUUAAUAAUGAAGCGUCACAUAAUUAAUAUUUGUAAUAGACACAAAUCUAAUACUAUAAAUCACAGCGUUAUUGUUAGUGAAGGCAAGCAAUUUCGAAAAAGAAUUAUUAAUAUUAAGAAAUGUGGGCCGCUUCUAACCUUACCAGAGAAUAUUUCUACGUGUAAUCAAAAACGUGAAAAUGAUGUGAAUAAAGGUUAUAUAGCUAAAGAUUCAGUUGUUUUACCAAAUAAAUCUCAAGUAUCUGUGGAGUACAAAGAUUUAUCCGAUAUACCUAAAAAUUUUGAACAGAGUUUGUAUCCAUUAAUAUGUAGUGCAAAAAGUAAUUAUAAAGAUUCUUUAAUAGAACAUAAAGAUAUACGAACAUUAGAAAAUGAAAAUAAUCAGAAACAAACUUAUAAUGAAAGAACUAAUGACAGUGAUGUAAGAAUUAACGAAAUCAAUAUGCAAAUGCUUUCAAAAUCAUUAUAUGAACAAAUAUUUAAAAACUUUUCUAAACAAGAAAAAAUACCAGAGGAAGAAAUAGAAGCUAUAAAAAACAAUUUGCGUUCGUAUGGGAUAAACACUGAAGAUGCAAGUAGACUUCCUGAUGUUAAUAUUAAAAUACCUCCUUUAGAAGGAAAUAAUAUUGAAGAACAUUUUUAUAAUAUUGCAAAUACACAGAUUAAACCUUAUAUAAAACUUAUAAAAAAUAUUAUGAAAGAUAUUCCUCCAAUGCCAAAUCAAUGGUUAUUAAAUGAAGGUUGGACAAGAUAUAGCGUUGAUGGAAUACAAAAAGUAGAUUAUCCACUAGAAGAUGCUAUUAUUUUUGAUGUGGAAGUUUGUAUGAAAGAAGGCCCUCUACCAACACUCGCAACUGCAGUAACCAAUGAAGCAUGGUAUGGCUGGGUAUCAAAAUCUUUAAUAGAUGGUUCAAGCAGAAAUUUUGAAGGUAAACAGUUUACCAUAGACGAACUAAUACCAAUGGAAAGUACAUCUAUCGAAAAUGGUAAAAAAUUAACUUCUUUCCAUAAAAAGCCAAAACUUAUAGUUGGUCAUAAUGUAUCAUAUGACAGAAGUAAAAUUAAAGAACAAUACUGGUUAAAACAUACAGGAUUAAGAUUUAUUGAUACAAUGUCUCUUCAUAUAUGUGUUACUGGAAUUAAUAGUUAUCAAAGAGCGAUUUUAAAUUCUAAGAAGGAUACAGAUGAAAAGCUGAAUUUACAAAUACAAACCUCACUGAAUAGUUUAACAGAAAUUCAUAAAUUUUACUGUGGUUCUGAAAUAAAUAAAGAAUCUAGAGAUACAUUUGUAAAUGGGACUUUGGUAAAUAUCAAAGAAGACUUCAAUUCUUUGAUGAGUUACUGUGCAAAUGAUGUAGUUGCAACUCAUAAUGUUUUACGCCAAUUAUUUCCUAUCUUUGAGGAAAGAUUUCCUCAUCCUGUUACUUUGGCAGGGAUGUUAGAGAUUGGUACAGCUUAUCUGCCAAUAAAUUCUAAUUGGCAAAAAUAUUUAAAUGAAUCAGAGACUACAUUUGAAGAUUUAAAUUAUGAAACUAAAGUUAUUCUUGCUAAAAGAGCUAAUGCUGUUUGUGAACUUAUGCAUAAUGAAAAAUAUAAAGAAGACUUAUGGAUGUGGAAUGAAGAUUGGAGUACGCAAACACUUAAAGUAAAAGCACAGUAUUCAAAAACAAAGAUUAAGGAAAUAUGUAAAGCACGAGAGGCAAAAGAGAAGAAAAAGACAGAAACUCAGAGCUAUUUAACGGAUGAUGAAGAUGAAGAAGAAGACCCUUUAGAGAAAGAAUUUGGCUAUGUGAUGGAAACAAGAAAGUUUUUACCUUCAAGGUUACCACAUAUGCCAGGAUAUCCUGCUUGGUAUAGGAAACUCUGUCCUAAGGUAAAAGAUGAAAACUGGUCUCCAGGCCCUCAAGACAUAAGCACUUCUAAACGUAUUGUUCCAAUGCUCUUAAAUUUAACAUGGGAAUGUUAUCCUUUGCAUUAUGUAAAAGAUAAAGGUUGGGGCAUAUUAGUACCUCAUACUAAUAAUUUAGAUAUCAAAACUAAAGUACCAUUAAGACAGCUCUUGGCACACUGUUCCUUUUCUAAAAUGAAGGGUUUAGUUGAUGAAACAAUUUAUACGAUGUCAACCAUUAACAAAGAGGUGCAAAAUGAUCUGCAUAAAACUGAAUUUUGGCGUACAAAAAGGGAGAAACCUAUAUCUGAGUUAUAUAACCUUUAUAAAGGCAGUGCAUUUUGGUGCAAUGUGGAUAUAGAUAACUGCUGUUAUUUUCUUAAAUUGCCUCACAAAGAUGGAAAAGGUAAUAAUGUUGGAAAUCCUUUGGGUAAAGAUUUUCUAAAUAAAUUUUCAGAGAAUGUAUUGGCUAGCUCAGAUGCCAGUGCUGUAGAAAUUUUGAAAAUUGCAAAGAUGGUUUCAUAUUGGAGAAAUAAUAGGGAUAGAAUUAUGUCACAGUUUGCAGUAUGGUUUGAAAAUUCAUAUUUACCACAUAGUGUUAGAAGUUCCAAAAAGUCCAUGCGUUAUGGGGCAAUUUUACCCACAGUAGUUGUGUGCGGGACAUUGACUAGGCGAGCAGUAGAACCUACCUGGAUGACUGCAUCUAAUGCUCAUCCAGAACGUAUCGGUUCCGAAUUACGAGGAAUGAUUCAAGCGCCCCCAGGAUAUUAUAUUGUUGGCGCCGAUGUUGACAGUCAGGAACUGUGGAUUUCAUCAAUGAUAGGAGAUGCUUAUUAUAAAAAAAUUCAUGGAGCUACGCCGUUUGGUUGGAUGACGCUAAUUGGUACCAAAUCUAACGAAACUGACAUGCAUAGCGUUACUGCUAAAGCAGUUGGAAUUUCCAGGAACCAUGCCAAAAUCAUUAAUUAUGCUAGAAUUUAUGGUGCUGGUCAAAAGUUUGCUGAAACACUCUUGAAACAAUUCAAUCCUUGUAUGACGGAUAACGAAGCUGCUUCAAAGUCACGAAAAAUGUUUACCAUGACCAAAGGCAAAAAGAUUUAUAUAUUAAAGCCCGAAUAUAUUGGCGAAUUUGAAGACAAAGAUUAUUCGUUGUACGAGGCAUACAGAAUAUCAAAAUUAUAUGGUAAAUCAUUGUUGGAGAUAUUUAAGAAAAGUAAAUGGGUCGGUGGUUCGGAAUCUGCAAUGUUUAAUAGUUUGGAAGAAAUUGCUGAGAAUCCUCAUCCUGUUACACCUUUCUUGAACUCUAGGCUAACUGCAGCUUUAGAAAGUUCAACAAACAACGAAAAAUAUUUACCCACUAAAGUAAAUUGGGUAGUUCAGAGUGGAGCAGUCGAUUUCUUACAUUUAAUGUUAGUCUCGAUGAAAUGGCUCAUGAAAGACAAUAUAAGAUUCUGUUUAUCAUUUCAUGAUGAAGUACGGUACUUGGUACCCUCACGGUAUAAGUACAAUGCAGCACUUGCUAUGCAUAUUACGAAUCUCUUAACUCGAUCUUUUUGCGCUUCAAGACUUGGAAUGUACGAUCUGCCGAUGUCAGUAGCAUUUUUUUCUUCCGUAGAAGUAGAUACUGUUCUGCGUAAAGAACCUGAGAAUGAUUGUAUUACGCCAUCGAAUCCUUAUGGCUUAAAAAAUGGUUACGAGAUUCCUCCGGGAGAGAGCUUGGAUGUAUGGUCUGCUAUAGACAAAUCUAAAGGUUCUUUAGGAUCGUGGCACGAUGUAAAACAGCGAACAAUUGCACCGAAUAAAAAAUAUAAAUCAAGAGAAAUUAAACCAAAGACUAAUGAAGCAUAAAGU